AUGGCUGCUGUUGCGACAUAUGAGCAGUUCCUGGCCGCCCCCAGCUCCUCGCUGUUGGCGGACAAGGCCACGCUGCACUAUGUCACCACCACGACGACCUUCUCCGGCGCCACUGACAUCCUCAAGCACCUCAACUCGCUGCAGAGGCAGAUCAAGAAGAAAAAGCAGAAUGUCCUCGGCGUCAUAGACGGCAACAACGUCAUCGCUCUCGAGGUUGACACGGACCUCGAGUUCCUCACGAGCGGCGGACCCUACCUGCCAGGCCUCGACGACAACUUUUUGUCCGAUCGCACGGCCUACCUCCCCAUCAUGCACAUUGUCGCUUUCGACGCUGAUGGCAAAAUCAUCCAAAUGCGCCAGCAAUGGGACCAGGGCUCGCUUCUCAAGCAGCUCGAAAUAAUUGGCAAGACGGGUCGCAAUUGGCCAAUCAAGGACAGCAGGGAGCAACUCUCCAUGAUUCGCGCCUGCCUCGAAUCGGCUGGUCUGGCCUCUUCUUCGGCCAACCAAAGCCACAACGACGUCGUCAUUCGAACUCGUGGUCUGUCGGCCAAUGCCCUCCGCGAUCCUCACGCGUCGCUCGAGCUCUUCGCCCCGCGCGAGCAGAUCGAGGCUGCCGAGCCGGCUUCCGUCGUAUCGCCUUAUGCGGGCAAUCGACCCCGGCAGCGCGGCUUCACCGAGAUUCUGGGCGAUGAGCCCCAGGGUGAGGAAGCUCACAAUGCCCUUCGUGACCGAUCCGUUUCGCCUAGCAAGGUCGGCCAGGGCAAGAACUACCAACCCAUGCGGAUUUUUGAUGGCCAAGAGCAUCACGAGGAGGUUGAGGAUGAAACUUCCGAGGCAAAGGGUACAAAAUCGUACAUCCGCCCGAAUCCUCGCAAGUACGAACACUUUGAUUUCGCCGACGGUUCUGACCCUCAGGACAAAUCCAAGGCUGGCAUGGGCCUGAAGGAUCAAACCAAGUCCAAGCACAACAGCCAAUGGUCGUUUGAUGAUUUCGUCACCCCCCAGAAGCCGAAGCCGUCCAAGACCUACCGCCAUCAGGAUACCCGCAGCUGGGAUACCGAGGACGACGGCGAGAGCGUGUCCCGCCAGGAGCGGCCAGGCAAGCCUCGGGGCUCGGUGCACAACGAGGGCCUCGGACUGUACAAGAACAACAUCAAUCGCGAUGACGCUACCCCGGGGCCCCAGCGUGCCUUGGGUAACAUCACCAAUCUCAAGGACCGCACCAAGGACUUUGACCCCCACUUCGCCAUGACCGACGACUCCCCUUCGGCACAGCAGCAGCAGCCGCAGGCCGUCCCUGAGGGUCGCCAGAAGGCAGUCAAGAUGAUGGACGCCAACUGGUCCUCUUACGACCAGUCCCCCUCGUCCCAGAAGGAGAACCAGCCGCGGCCCAGUCAGGCCAAGGGUGGAUCCCGGAUCCACAUCGCCGGCGACGGCAUGGGGACCAAGAAGGGCGGCAGCCGAGACCUUUUGCCGGCCGGCGAAAACGGGGACAAGGAGGGCAUCCACAUCGCCGGCGACGGCAUGGGAGGCAAGAAGGGCACUGACAGGAACUGGCUCUUUGGUGGCGACGAAGAAGGUGAGGCCCCCAAGGCGACCACGUCACGGAAAGGCAACGGGGCAGCGGCCGCGAAGAGCUUUUGGGCUUUUUAG